AAGGGAAGGGCGCAGCUAGAGGGCGUGGCCAGGGAGCUACAGGCUGGGUGUGCAGCAGCAGCGUGGGAAAGCAUUGGUGGGACUGAUGCUGCUGUUGUAAGAUACAGAAGCCGGCUUGCGUGCUGACAGUAGCGCUCCCUUUCACAGGACCCUUCUCUGUAACUAUCCUUUCCCUUCUUUCCACCUGUGGGAACAGCGUUUGUGAUUCGCCGGAGGAUUGAUAUACUACUCGGAACCUCAUCACUUGUCUGACAAUGAAGCGACCUUGCGAUGACACCAGCUCUGACAGUGACAUGGACGAAACCAUUGAUGUAGGGAGUGAGAAUAAUUAUUCUGGGAACAGUAGUGGAUCUCUUAUUCGAUCCAGUUCUCCAACAACAGCCUCCCAGAUCAUGGCCAGGAAGAAACGCAGAGGGAUUAUAGAAAAACGCCGGCGUGACCGUAUCAAUAACAGCCUGUCUGAAUUAAGGCGACUUGUGCCGACUGCCUUUGAAAAACAAGGAUCUGCCAAACUGGAAAAAGCUGAAAUCCUCCAGAUGACAGUGGAUCAUUUAAAAAUGCUGCAGGCAACCGGAGGCAAAGGUUAUUUUGAUGCACACGCUCUGGCAAUGGAUUUUAUGAGCAUUGGAUUUCGGGAAUGUUUAACAGAGGUUGCAAGGUACCUUGGUUCUGUUGAAGGCCUGGAUUCAUCAGAUCCCCUGAGAGUACGGCUUGUCUCCCACCUUAGCUCUUGUGCCUCUCAAAGGGAAGCAGUAGCCAUGACAUCAACUGUAGCACCCCACCAGCAUUCCCUGCACCCUCAUCACUGGGCUGCAGCAUUUCAUCAUCUUCCUGCUGCCUUGCUCCAGCACAAUGGACUCUCUUCCUCAGACAACAUGACCUGCAGACUUUCCACAGCUACAGAAUUGCCCUCACAACAUGGAUCUGCACUCCUCACAGCAACAUUUGCCCAUGCUGAUGCUGCUCUCCGAGUACCCUCUGCAAGCAGUAUACCCCCUGGUGUUCCUCCUCUGUCUACCUCCUUGCUUUCUCUCUCUGCCACAGUCCAUGCUGCAGCCGCCGCUGCUGCCCAAAGUUUUCCUCUUUCCUUUGCUGGAGCAUUUCCAGUCCUUCCUCCAGGAGCAGCCGCAGCAAUGGCAGCAUCAGCUGCAACAGCCAUUGCUUCACCUUUGUCUUCAACUUCAAAUCCACGACAGGCUGGUGGAAGUGCAAGCAGCAAGCCCUACCGGCCCUGGGGCACUGAAGUAGGGGCUUUCUAAUUUCCUUGUUUAAAAAAUUGCUGUAGCAAAACUGUAUUGUCACGUAUGAAGUUCAAAAGGCCCAUGGAGCAAAAGAACAGUGUCACUGUCUUUUUUUGAAGUUGGAGACUGGAUUUUAUGAAACCUUUAUAAAGCAAACUCUCAUUCAAACUGAUGUUUAUAUUGUUAAGCCUCACUUGCACAUUAGAUGUCCACUAACUAACCUCAGCUGACAGCAGUUGCUAGUUCAUAUCCAGCUUGUGACUAUGUGCACAGUAUGUCAUCCUUAUAAUUAUGUCACACAAAGAUGGGUAUAAGAAUCAUAUCAUUUGUGAUUAAACUUAGUCUGUCACAAGAAUAUAUGUCCGCAAAGACUCCCAAAUGUUAUUUAGAUUACAUAUGCCUUAGUAUAUACAAAGCAUGUAUACAACUAUGGUGUUAGCAGCUUAAAUAAGUAAUUAACCUUCCAAGCAUCAAGAGCCAACAAUGAAAAAAUGUACAUCAAAUUUUCAGUACAGAAAGUAUGUAAUCUUAAUAUUCAUCCAUCUGUGGAUAAGUAUGCCUUUCAGCAUUUGCAAGACAGUCUACACGUGGAGUUUUAGUUCACAAUAAUACUUUAGUCCCUUAUUUCAGUAUUUAAAUAUAUAAGAGGAAUUUGUACAGCAUAAAAUAUAAAUUUAAAUACCACCUUUUCAUAU